CCCAAGUGUUUAAUGGGAGCUGUGUUCCAGCUGUGCUCUGAGUAUCAGUGCAGGACACAAAGGAAAGAAACAAAUUGCUGGUAAUGGGCACAGAGGCUGCAGAGAAGGCAAUGAUGGCAGCAGGUGCCGUGAAGGCGUUAGAUCUGCGCUGGUUGAAACCUAAUAGCAUUGAGACAGAAAGAAUCCUAUCUGUCUUGGAUGAGACGAUUGCCAAGCUGGAGCUGAGCUCCUUGAUCCCACGUAUUAUCGGCUCUCUGGACAGGUUUGCUGAUCUGCUGGGACCUGAGAUCACAACCAACCUGAUGGAGUACCAGAAGCUUUCAAAGCAAAUGGAGCAGCUGCUUGCCGCUGCCGAAGAAGAGGACACCACCGAUCUCCACUUGCUGGGACAACAUCUGAAAUGUUGUGUUAGAAAUAUCCUGAGACUCUUGUUGGCCAUCCCUUCACUUUGUAAGGCUCUGAAACACGAAGUUUGGGCACGAGAGCCGGCAACCGAAGCAUUUCUCAAAGCCUUCGGGGAGUUCAGGAAUUUUAUGCUUGGGCGACUCCUGACGAGUCCUACAGAAGAGGAAGAAACGGUUCGGCUCAUGGAAGACAUCUCCCUCCGGAUCAACAGAAACACUGAAACAAUCACAGCUCUGCAGGCAGAACUGGCAGCAGCAAUCAGGACCCGCGAUGAGGAGAUUCAGAACAAAGACAAUAUGAUCAAAGAUCUCAAAAACAGCAUGGAAGUUCUAGACGAAUGCUGCAAGAACAACAUCCUGCAGGUCAAGUGGGAAGGCGAAAAACAGCAAAAAGAAGAGCUGCAAGCUUCCCAGGCCAGGUGUGCCAAGCUACAGCAGGACAUUCAGCAGCUAGAAACACAGCUCAAUAAGCAGGUGCUGGAACAUCGAGCAUCAGAGUUGGCUCUCAGAAAGAGAAAAUGCAGAGUGGAGAUGGAAAUUCUGAACUGGAUCCAGGCAUAUGACACAGACAUGGCAGAAAAGCAGGCUGAGUUUGAGGAGGUUCAUGCUGCCUACAACAAGGAGAAGGCCGAGCUGUCCCUGCUGAUGGAGAAACAUGCUAUGCUUCUCCAGGAGUAUUCCCAGAUUGAGGAGGAGCGCAGGGUAAAUGAGGAGAAGAAGAAGCAGGCUUUGGAGAAAUUGGCUGUCAUGACCCUCGCUGCCACCCGCAUCCAGGCCUUCUGGAGAGGCUACUUGAUCCGGUCUACCUUCAAGCCGAAAAAAAAGAAGAAGGGCAAGGGCAAAGGCAAGGGCAAAGGCAAGAAGGAAAAGAAAUAAUCACAACAUCUAUUUCCUCUCCUGUCAAAGUAGCUGACUUCUUUGAGACAGAGCACUUCCAGAUAAAGCAUUAGGGUUGAAAUAGCAUUUGCAGUAAGGCCCAAACGGUCCAGGACUGGAGCUGCCUCACGUACUUUGAGUAUAACAAAGUAUUGGCAUGAAGA